AUGGAGGCAAACGAGCAGAUCGAUCACCUGGUGGUCGGCAACGCGCUCGUAACUCCUCCGUUGUUGCAGUUGUCCAUGGGCAACGCUGAUUGCUUACCAUCAGUUAAUUGUGCUAAAAACUCUGAUGAAUACAACGGCCAUAAUAAACCAGAUGUUGCCAGACAGGGUAAAACGAAGAAAGCAUUGAUGGCUCAGAAAACAGCUACGGGCACGUUUUCAAAUGUCAUCACUCAGAUACAGAAUUUACCGACUAUGGAUCUUGGCAGGAAGUUCCGGACUCCGUGUAAAACCGGUAAUCGCUGUGGAAAGAUGAUCAAGAGGCUGAUGGUGCCAAAAUUGGCGCAGUUGGAAAACACGAUUAUGGGCAUUAUGAAGGAGCUAGCUAAACUGCCCCCAGGGUCCCGACUACCUGACAAAUUCACGAAAACGGAGCCUAUAAAGUUGCUGUUGGAUCAGAAUUACAAAGAGGAAGUGUGUAUGGACAAGCUCGAGUCGUGCUUAAAAGAGGACAAGCGCAGAAAGCGUAUACUUAAGAAGCUGUUCUUCAAGAAGUACAACUCUCUUCGACAAGACUUGAUAGGGUACGGUGGCAGACGACUCUGGGGCGCUUUACUAUACACCGUGACGCGAGCUCCUCGUUACUUCGGAAUCCUGCAAGACCAUAGAGGGCAACCUCUCUCUGUCGAGGUAUCGGAAGAAUAUAUGGACCAAGACUAUAUUGCUACUAACAGGAAACGACACAAAAUCGACUGGAACAAGAACCCACUUGACAUGGACGAUUUCGACGAUGACGAUACGGAAGAAAUAUUUGACGAUAAAGAUAAAGAUGUGAAAGUACCAAACAAAUACAAUUUACAAGCGGGCCCUGUAUAA